AUGGUUCGAACCAAAGCGGAUGUGAAGAAAUACGAUGUGUCUUCUAAUUCUUCGAAGAAUAAUUUAACUGUUGAAGAUUCUGUAUUCCCUGUAAUACGGCAUCAAAAUGCCUCUUCGGAACUUCAACAAAUGCCAGAACGUAAAGAAAACCCGGGCAAAACAACCAGUGAAUUUGAGCAAGGUUUGAAUCGCAGUGGUGGGCAUCCUCGAUAUGGUCAUAAAGCUGUACACAACUCAAAAAAGCGUUCUCGGCGCUAUAGGCCAGGCGUGAGGGCUCUCCAAGAAAUUCGGAAAUAUCAGAAAUCGACGAAGUUGCUGGUUAGAAAAUUGCCGUUUGCUCGUCUUGUUAAGGAGAUUGCAAGUGAAAUGACUGGUUCUGAUCGGUAUCGUUUUGCAGUGGAAGCAAUUGCUGCACUUCAGGAGGCAUCAGAAGCUUUUAUAGUCCAAUUUUUCGAAAAUGCUGUGUUGUGCAGCCAGCACGCUAAACGGGUAACAGUGAUGCAGCGUGAUGUUCAGCUUGUUCGUCGCCUGUUCAAUAUUUGA